ACCUACGAUACGAAUGGUAUACGCCAAAAAUGAAUGUCAACAAAAUCCUUCAUGUCUUGUGUGAGGUGAGCUGAAGUCCAUUCUCUUAUCAACUCGCUCUCAUGGCUCACUUUCGACUCACUAACUCGCUCUCUUCUCCGCUUCCCGAGAAACUCGUUCCCUUCUCUUCCCAAUCCCUAAUUCUACACCACCCUUUCUACUUCGCCAAACCUAAACCGCUCAUCCGCCUCGCCCGACGAACUGGUCCGCCGCUCGUCCUAGCUGCCGUCGGCCAGGCCGAACCGAACCGCCUUCCUCAAACCAAUGCUCCGCAGGUCCUCCCCGAAGAGGAGGAGGAUUUGCCCUCAAAAUCUCAACAGCAAGGUAGUCAGCUUAGAAAUCGGGUUGUUUUUGGACUUGGCAUUGGGAUUGGUGUGGGUGGUGUGGUUUUGGCUGGUGGAUGGGUCUUCGCGACUGCCAUUGCCGCUGCUGUCUUCACUGGUGCACGAGAAUAUUUUGAAUUGGUUCGGAGUCGUGGAAUAACUGAAGGAAUGACUCCACCUCCACGUUAUGUAUCGCGAGUCUGCUCAGUUAUUUGUGCCUUGAUGCCAUUGUUUGUCAUGUAUCGUGGUCAUGUUGAUGUUUCUGUAUCUUCUGCUGCUUUUGUUUUGGCUACAGCAUUGCUCUUACAAAGAGGAAGUCCCCGUUUUGCACAGCUAAGUAGUGCGAUUUUUGGGUUAUUUUAUUGCGGAUAUCUUCCCUCUUUUUGGGUGAAACUUCGAUGUGGUUUAGCAGCUCCAGCCUUGAACACAAGACUAGGAGCAACAUGGCCCAUACUUCUUGGUGGCCAAGCUCAUUGGACAGUUGGUCUUGUGGCAACUUUGAUUACCAUAAGUAGUGUAAUUGCAGCUGAUACAUUUGCAUUCCUUGGUGGCAAGGCAUUUGGUAGAACUCCACUCACCAGUAUAAGUCCAAAGAAGACAUGGGAGGGUACUAUUAUAGGCUUUUGUGGAUGUAUAGUUACUUCUGUAGUACUGUCAAAAGUUUUCAGCUGGCCAAUUUCUUUAUCGAGUGCAAUAGCACUUGGUGUUCUGAGUUUCCUUGGAUCUGUUUUUGGUGAUCUCACUGAAUCAAUGAUUAAACGUGACGCGGGGGUGAAAGACUCUGGCACACUAAUACCUGGUCAUGGUGGAGUACUAGACAGAGUAGACAGUUAUUUGUUCACGGGUGCUCUAGCAUACAACUUAAUCAAUACCUUUUUACCAUUGUAUGGAGUAUGACAUGAAACAGUGUGGUACCUACAUGGCUUGUUCACUGACAACGUGGACGAGUUACCAGCAACAAAUUGAAUUAAAAUGCUAGUGCGUAUAUUUGGACGAGCUUCUUCUUUGGAAAGAUAGAUUUCUGAUGAUCAUCAGAAAAGGGAGCAGCAGGAAUUUGAUUGCCAUCACAAUUGACCAUAGUGCAUUGCUUCUGCUUGAUCGAUUUUGCAUGAAGUCAUGGGCUACAAGGACUCAACAAGGGUAGCAUUGGUUAUAUUUUAACUUGUAAAUAGCCACAAUUGAAUUUGAAAAAAAGGGUUGCAGUCGCUCUAAUUAUUUUGAUGUCUUGCUAACCAAUAAUUUGAGGAUAAUGUAGAACAAUCAUUAUUACUCAUGUGGUCCCAGUAAAAGUAGAUUUAUUUCACAUCA